UACAGGAAAUUAUUUUAUAUUUAAAAGGAAUUCUUGUAGUUGUAGGCAAUGACGACAUGUUGAUUUGCGCUUGCGGACCUAUCUUGAGCUGCAGAUGAGUCUGCAGACGGUAAUGUCAGCGGGCAAUCGCGCGUGGAAAUGUCAACAUUAUUCAACAUGGCGGUUCCAGAGGGUGUCUGGAAGAUAGCUGGACCUCUGUCAACUGUUGCCGCUUGUGCUGGUGGCAUCUUCUUGUUGAGAAAUUACUUUUCCGGUGGAGUGUGCAACUAUAAAACGAAACUAGACGGUAAAACAGUGAUCGUCACUGGGGCAAACACAGGAAUCGGACGAGAAACUGCUCUGGAUUUGGCCCGAAAGGGGGCUCGUGUCAUCAUGGCUUGCAGAAAUCUUGAGAAGGCGCACACAGCUGCCGAGGAAAUCAAAAUGACGACCGGCAAUAAAAAGGUGAUUGUGAAGGAGCUCGACCUUGCUUCGCUAAAGUCCGUGAGAAAUUUUGCCGAGGAAGUUCACCAAAGUGAAGAUCGAUUAGACAUUCUUAUCAACAAUGCGGGUAUCAUGCGGUGUCCAUAUUGGAAAACUGAGGACGGCUUCGAGAUGCAAUUUGGCGUCAACCACCUGGGCCACUUCCUUCUUACAAACCUCCUGCUAGAUAUGCUGGAAAGAUCAAAGCCAAGUCGCAUUAUUAAUGUCAGUUCCUUGGCUCAUGUUAGAGGGAAAAUACGCUUUGAUGAUUUAAGGAGCGAGCACGAAUACAGUCCGGGAUCCGCCUACGCUCAGAGCAAGCUUGCCAACGUCCUUUUUACUCGCGAGUUGAGCAAAAGACUUGAAGAUACCGAUAUUUUAGUCACUGCUGUACAUCCCGGCGUUGUGAAAACCGAGUUAGCUCGCCAUACGUCCUUUUCCAAGUCGAAAGUGGCAUCCCUUACUCUUGCUCCUAUCUCUUGGUUGUUCUUCAAGACACCUCGUCAAGGUGCACAGACAACAAUUCAUUGCGCUGUAGCUGAUGAUGUUGAGUCUGGAUUAUAUUACAGUGAUUGCAAACCGAAGGAACCUGCUGAUCAAGGAAAAGAUGACGAAGCAGCGAAACAACUGUGGGAAGUCAGUGCAGGUUUGGUUGGAUUAGAGAAGACUAUUUGAACAAAUGCAGAUACAUUUUCCCGUCAGUCACAAUAAAAUUACGGAAGUGAGUGACCAGGCCAUUAUUUUUGAGAAAUAACUGCGGUGUAGUCAGCUCAGCUGGAGUAAUGGUGGACAAACCACUUCAGGAUAGCUCCCCUAUUGGGCUACCUUCUGUCUGUGGACAAUAAUUUGUUGUAGUUGAAUGCUUGGUGAAUAUCUUUUAAUAUAUUAUAUAACUUAAAUAACUAGUAGGUAUAUCAUUAGAGCCACUGCUUCUUGGAAAUGAGUAGCCUUGUGGUUAAGAAAUCAGUUUAGUUUAGUGAUAUCUUGGCCAAUUUCCCAGUUAAUAUAUCAGUUCAAUUUCUUCAUGAGUGCUCAACAGCCUUCUUACUGUUGUUGUAUUCUUAAGAUUUCCAUUAAAUGAGGAGGCAUUCAAGAUGAGCUAAAAAGCUCAUACUAAUGUCAUAAUAUGCCUCUAUAAAGAAUCAUGUUGUGUGUGGCUGGUUGUUGGUUGGUUUUGAUUUUUUUUUGUGUGUUAGUAAUAGUCAAUCAGUGACAUUGGAUGGUUCCUUGUAGAGCUAUGCCAACACAUUAGAUUUGUCAAAUCAAAUAUCAAAUAUCUAUUGAACAGGACACUAAAUGUUCAGUAAUGUUUUAGAGUACCAAUGGUGAAACUUAAUCGUUCACCCCGAGUGCCUGUAUGACAAAUUGAGGAAAUUAAAUUUAGUCAACUUAUCUUAUUGAAAACAACUUGCACAAAAGCUUUAAAGGGAGACUGGUGCUGAGGUUUUGCCUCUGUGUAUAUUCCCUAUGUUUUUGUAUGUUUUCCAAGUUCCUGUGAGGCACACAGAUUACAAAUAAUUAUAAACAUAAUUGUACAGGCACUUACAGAGUUAAUGUAAUUAGAGCAAGUGAAACAAGUGCGACAAGAGACUCGAAGUGGUCACAACUACAUCAUACUAAGAAUAUUUUUGAAUGCAGUUCGGCUUGUUACAAGGAUCAACAAAGAGCUUAAUUUAUUAUUUGAUUCUUUGUUAAUUAAACAUUUUGGCUAGUUGUAUUAUGAAAAAAAAAAAAAAGAUGACCUGAUUACUUUAUCCUGUUUGAUUGACUCUAAAAGAGUUUAAGUUCAAAUUCAUUGUAACUUCUUGAUAAACAAAGAAAUUUGUUAUUAUUUUUCUUUUUUAAUUUAUUUUUGCGAUUUUUCAUAUUUUUUUUACUCUACAACAAUGUAAUCAUUUUUGGGAGCUUAGUUUACUGUUCUUUUUGAAACAAGAGUUGAUAGGUGAUGAAAUUCUUGAGAAAAAUGUUAGUACUGUUGUUGUCAUUGGUGAUUGGUGAAAAAUUGUGAGUUCUCCAAUAGGAUGGAACCCAGGACAUUCACACACUGGUCAGAUCCUGUAGCCCAGAGAUAUGAUAGCGUCUUAACAGCCAAGCCAUAUGACUAGCUUUAAUUGUGACUACUAGGAUCAAACUUGGGUAUUAAAGAUCAUUCUUGAA